ACAUGCGCACUACCCCAAAGUACCGUUAUUAAAAAAGGCUUGGUCACAAUACUGUCAGACGCUACAAUAGUUUCAGACAGUAUUGUAAUGUAAUAGUUAAAUCCAGACAAGCUAUUCGUGAAUCUCACCCAACGUCAAAGGUGUUGCCAGUAGACAUUGCAUCCAUACCUGACAGACAGGUGGUUGAAGUCGACAUUCCUGCUGUUCCGUGCGUCACCGUACACGUUCAGAGGGCGGGUACUCGUACCGGGCGGAAGCGAGCUACUGUAUUGGAUCGCUUUGAUUCCUCUGUACACACCUGCGUCGCGCCGGUUUAAGUCUACUCUAACAAGGGUCGACGACAGCUCACAGUGAGUUCCUCAAAAACGAAGAGGAUGCUGUAACCUAGUUCCCCUCCGUCAAAGGAAGGAAGUGCUCUGAACUCAUACUCUGUACACAAUGAGCAUUCCCUGUUGCUUUUGUCACGGAAACUCGAACAAGAAGCAAAGGCAGAAACGCAAUCAAAAAAAUAACAGUUCAUUUUCAUAGCUAUUGUAAGAGAUGAUCUGAAAUGGCUGUAGUAGAUAAGUUUCCUAGUAAAACCACCGAGCAGUUUGGAGAUUUUGAGGAGUGGUCCAGCGCCACCUCAUCAGAUGGUUGCCUUGGCGACUGGAGUGAUUUUCAUGACAGUAAAACCUGGGAUGGAGACAGGCCUGCCUCACCUGUUCCUGCCCAGGAGCGCUCCUCAAAGUGUAUUGCGGCUGUGCAGAGUUGCGAAGCCCCGGAUCCGUGGGGAGUUUUCAGCGAGUGCUUCCCAGACGCGGGUCCGCAAAUAACUGAUCUUGGCGACCUUGAGACGCCAACCCUGUCGGAGCUGCUUAGGAGCCCCUCACACACACCGUCGCAGUCAGGAGGCAUUAGCAGUGGAGUGAUGAGUGUGUGUGGGCGUCUGCUGUGUGAGGGGAGCACAGUGAGGUGGUUGGGACCCAGGCCCAGCACACAGUCCUUCUCCCAGCUCCUCAGCACACUACCUCUGGUGGAUCCACACACACACAAUACAGAGGAUAUGGCCCUGCCUGACAUGGAGUUAGAAAAAACUGAAGACCAAAGCCCUCCAGCUGCCCUCAUACAGACUAAGCUCUCGGCUCCGUCCUGCUGCCACCAGACCCCCCCUGUCAUGUACCAGGUGUCCCUGCGCUGGAUCAGGCUGUGCAACAUCCAACUCCAGGCCCACAAGCAUCAGCAUGGCAAAUGACCCCCUCACCAGGCAAACUCCCAUCAGCAUGGCAAAUGACCCCCUCAACAGGCAAACUCCCAUCAGCAUGGCAAAUGACCCCCUCAACAGGCAAACUCCCAUCAGCAUGGCAAAUGACUGCUGCAAUGACGCCCUCAACAGGCGCAUCCAACAAUAACAGACAAACACGCAGCAUGGGUGAAGAGCUCCUGCAAUGAGACCCUCAACAGGCCUACCAGCUGAGGCAAAGACAUUCACACUUCACACAAGCAAACUCAAGUUCUCAGGCACCGUACCUGAAUGCAGGUGUUGGCCAGGCCAUGGAAGAUUUCAUAUAGAUAUGUAACAGAUUCAACAGCCUUUGAUUUCACUUUGUGUUUGCUUUAUGGUGAAGUGUGCCGUGCGCACGGCGGUUUGGCUCAGAUGUUUACUCUGCUGCCUUAUCUGACUUUCUGCCCACUCCUGUCCACCAGACACAGAAAAACAUACUCCAAUGACACACACACACAGACACAGACAUCAGCUAUGCACUCUUUUGACCAAAGACAGGAGAGGUGCCAAUCCUUUGCUCUGGAUAUUCGACUGGACUGUUCAAAAUGCCAGUGUCCUUUAACAGUGGUAGCUCAUCUCUGACCCGGUCAUCCCUUAAUGAAUUUUAGCAUUUACACUUGAUCUACGCAUCUGAUCAAAGCUACGGUGGGUGAACAUCUCCAUUUUGGAUGUAGUCAAACUGAAAUCACACCCUGCAGAACCAAACUGCGAUUUGAAAAGCUGAUUUUGAUACCACAGAUGAAUGAAGACAGCUCUCAGGCAGAGCAACUCCCAGAGAAGGAAACACACUUUUGCACACUAGUUACGAGUGCACUACUAACACGGGAUUUCUUUGAGUGGGACGUUCUUGUUUGGUAGUUUGGCCUGUUGUUGUGAAGACACCACCUGAUUAGCAGAGCUGCUCAAGGACAUGUUACGCAGCUUGCUUUCCAAAACUCAAAGGGGUAGGAUCACGCGUUCGCUGAGUAGGGAGUAGCAUCACCCUGAAUCGACACCACGCUCUCCUCCUUAUCUCUCAGCCGCAGAAUGUUCCAGCACACGAGGAAAGCAUCAGAACAAUAGGAGAGCUGAUAAAGUCACUUGAAGAGCACAGCUGACUCCAUCACACGUUUAACGUGCAUCAGGCUCGUACGGGCCCAUCCAGGUGUGGAUUUAAAGCACAAUAUGCAGUAUACUGACAUCACGUUUACAUUGAGAUCCAGUUACAAUCAGACAGCCAGGUUUGGGAUAGAAAAGUGAUAGAAACACAUGGCUUGUUACCAGUCCCACUCUAAAGCUCGUCAUAGUUAGAUUGUCCUUGGGCUGAAUGAUGUCUGUGUCAGUCAAACUCAAAUGAACUGUAUCAAACUUCUCCAUAAUCAUGUUUUUAUUUUGUUUUAUUUCAUGAUCUGAAUGAUUCUGUCUAAAGGGUUUUACUUCUGCAGUACAAUUAAGCCUACAGAGACAUUCUUGUCUUGACCUUCAGGACACUGUAAAAUGGCAAUAACCAUAACAAGCAGGAAGAGAACACUAAACACACAGCUGUGUGUGUAAUUGGGACUUAUUUAUAGUAUGUUCUUUUAAAGCUUUUUUUAUAACCUUCCGUUAGCUUUGAUGUCCUGUGUGAUUUGAUAGCAAGAGAACACCCUGUACACUAGUGCCUUUGUGUGAGUGAGAAUGAAAUGAAUCUGAUUUCGAAUUGUGUGAUUUUAUGAUAAGACUGUUAUAAGUAAUGUUAAUGUAUUUAUUACAAAUAUGUAUUUGUUACAGCCGA